AUGUUGCGAGAUUCAAAAGGCCCAGGGAUUCGGUAUUCCGGGGACAGUGAGUUUUGGAAGGGAAAGAAGCGUCGAUUAGGUUUGAUUAUACUCAUGAUCUUGGUUGUUUUGCAAAUGGCAUUUCUUGGAAAUGUUUCUUGGAUCCUUGGCUCCCUUUUUGGUUCAGAAGAAAGAGUCAAGAAUGUAAAGCUUGUUCUUGUGGACUAUGAUCAAGGGUUUAUUGGAGAGGCUGUCCAGACCGCAUAUUCGAAGCUCAAGGGUGACACAUUCCCAACCAUUCAAGUCGCGGAUGAAACCAUAUACCCAUCUCCCGCAGAUACAGUGGACGAAGUGUGCCGCAACAUCGAUAUCUAUGGGGCAAUCUACAUCCACAAAAACGCAUCGACACGGUUGCAAGAAGCACUUUCUGGAACCAGCAACGAGCCAUAUAACUCUAGUGAUACUCUUACCUAUGUCGUGAAUGAGGCCCGAUAUUCCCUGGCGGUGGCACAAGCAGUUGUCACCCAAGGCACGUCAAUCCUCGCACAAGCUACCAAUGCUGUCCUGGCCCAGGCAAUGAUAUCACAGGGGUUCAAUGCCUCUAGCGAGUCAGCCCUGCAGGCAUUCUUUAACCCCAUAACUCCCACAUCGAAGAUAAUCGGGUCGCUGCCUCAGACUGCACGAGCUCUAUACAAUACAGCGAUUAUCGUCUUGGUCAUCCUACCAAACGUGUUCUUUAUCAUGGCAAUGAAUCAAAUCCAGACCAGCUGGAAGAUGCUCUCGCGGGCAACGAUUCGCGCAAACGUUGGGUUUCGGGUUCUCACCUCCCUCGUUUACGCGUUGGUUACAGCCUCCUGCGCGUCUGGUUAUAUCCUUGCGUUCAAGGAAAAUUGGGACGCUACUGCUUCUCAAGGAGUGUUGACAUGGCUUGCAUUCGGCCUCUAUUGCCAUAUCAACUUCCUUGUGAUCGAUAUAAGCACUGCAUUUGUUCCAAUGCCGGGGGUUCCAUUCAUUGUUCUCUGGUGGAUCAUCGCAAACGUAACGUCCACAGUUUAUCCAUUUGAGCUCAACCCUGGGUUCUACAAGAUCGGCUACGCAUUGCCUGCCCAUCAUCACUAUGCAAAUCUUGUCACGAUUUGGUCAAAUGGAUGUGCUCCUCAAUUGCACCGGACGCUCCCAGUUUUAUUCUCAUGGUGGAUCGUGGGGAUGGGCGUUGGGAUCUAUGGCAUGGUCAAACGAUGUGAAGACGCCGCAAGAGCGGAACAUGAUGAUCUCGCAAAAUCCGGACAAAUUGAGCUUUCCGAGUUUAACGACACGCAAAACCUGUUCCCGCAGCAAGCAACUUCCACUGCAUACGGCCUGCCUGUGCCGGUUCAGGAUACCCUACACCUCCGACAAACCCAGAGUUCCCAACUGGGAUCUGCGACCUAA